AUGUCGAUCUGCUAUGGACAAGGCUUUGGCUGCAAGAAAAACGCAAUCCUGGCCAAACGGUGGAACGACAGCCUUGCCAUGGCGCAGCUAAAUCCGGACUGCACCGGUGACGAUUUUACUCGUGUCCUCUCUGCACGACACCAGGCCCUCUGGGCCAGCACCGUCCGAAGUUUCAGCUUACCCGAGGGGCUUGGUGAGCUGGAUCUGUACCGGUGGUAUAUCUCUGACAUUCUACUCGAAGCGACCCAUAAGAUGUAUCCGAUGCAUCCCCGCUUGUUGGCGAGAUUCGUCAACAUGUACUGCUUGUCGGACGGGAUGCGCGAUCUUGAAUACGCAAAAUUGUUUUGGCUAAAGCAAGAAAUUACGUGGUCUAACUUCGUGGGUCGAAACGUGAACGCUGCCAUGUAUCCAGAGAUGGCGCCGAAGAAUGUGGACCUCGCCAAUGAAACAACAAAGAUGUGGGAUCUUCUGGCCCCACGCCGACAUGUCAUUCUUGCCGAUGAUGCGGAAACUUUGCUACGGGAACUGCCUCCGGAAAGCCUCCAAGGCGACACUGACGAGGCUGAAAGAUCCCGGACAGAAGCCAGGAUCUUAUUCGAAUUGUCCAUUCGGAUCAAACGGCCCAAGUGCUUCGAGUUGUUGUUUCGCCAAUACGGCCAACGGUUGAAAGCGGAAACAGAGACGGCGCCCUCGGAUCUUCAGACUACCGUUCGAGCUGGUGAUACGGAUGCCUUGGAUUUUGUGCUGAACUAUACCCAAAACUUCACUGAACUUACCUCCGUGAACCUUUGGAUCGACCUUGCGGAGUACUCUCAAGGUUAUAUUAUUCGUCAUGUGCUAUACAGACUCGCUUAUGCCACAGGGAAGACCGACUUCCUACCAAGCUACGACCCCCGAGCUCCUUUACCUCGCCACGAACAUGCGGGGAAUUUCAGAGCUCAGUCUCCAUUGGUGUGCAAAGCAAUUGAGCAGGAGAACUGGUCCUCGUUCCUUGCAUUACUGGAUGCUGGGAUCAACGUCAAUAUCUUACGGGUAAAAGACGGGCUACUGCCCAUACACCUCGCAGCGGGUUGGCGUCUACCAAUGUUUGUGGCUGCGCUGCGCUCUGCCGGAAGUACCAUCAACGUGCAUGAUGUGCGGCGGAAUACGGCCUUACAUUACGUCUUGCAAGACUCCCCGAUUCCUCGGCCGCCGGUACGAGAGGAUUGGGACAUGAGCCAAUUCCUUGAAGCCUCUGGAAUCGCUCGGCGUUUCCGCGAACGUCCUGAUUGGACACAGCAACUGACCUUGAAGCUGCUGGUUUCAAUGCCUGGCAUCGACUUGGAUGUCAGGAACCAGGCAGGGUUUACGCCGCUGAACUUGGCUGCCUCAAUUGGCAACACAUUUGCGGCCCAGCUCCUAAUAGAGCGGGGUGCGGAUCCAAACAUUCUUACAUUUGGUCGGCAGUCGGUAUUGCAAUCAGCCGUCGCCUCCAAAAGCCUUGAAAUGGUCAAGCUUGUCUACCCUAGGACGACGCAUCAGCUAAAUGAACGCAGUCUUUCUGGCUUGACACCUCUUCUCAUGAGCGCCUGCGUCGGCCAAGUUGAUAUCUGCCAGUUUCUGCUCGAGGAAGGAGCUGAUUUCAAUUCAAGGGACCAAGGAAACCGAAACAUUAUCCACGCUUGCUGCGAAGGAGCGAGUGUCGACACUCUAGAGCUUGUCAUGGCUUGGAUGACGAGCCUGCAGGACUCUGAGACGGAGGCCGGGGCGCCUCUCGAAUCUGCUAGUGGGAGCAUGUCUCGCUUGAUCAAUGAGUACAAUUUGGCAGGUUGUUUGCCUUUGCACGAAAUAUUCAAGAGCCACGAGUACGAAAUUUGUGACCACGUCAUGCCUUUUGUGGAACUGCUUCUGCCCUACGUUGAUGAUAUCAAUGCACGGGAAGGGCCUGUCUCGGCCGGCGCAACUGCCCUCCACCACGCUGCAGGGAAAGGACUGUCUGAUGUAGUGAGACUUCUACUGGAAAAUGGAGCUGAUCCGAAUCUCCCAUUCGGACAAGGAUGGACACCAUUGCACAUGGCUCAUGCAGCAAACAGCGACAAAGUCAUCGAGCUCUUGAUGACAUUCGGAGCGAAGGCAGAACGAGACAACAGCGGCAGAUUCCCUGGGGAAAUCACCCACAAAGCGCGAGACUGGUAUGAGAAGUCGGCGAGAGCACGGAUCCUGAUGGACCGUGCGAGAGUGGAAGCCCAGCAAAACGAAAACAUGAUGUUCAUCGUGAGACAAGCAAGCCAAGCCUUCCCAGAGCUUGACUCGGAUUUGAUGUACGGCGCACACUCGGCAAUGGUCAUGGCUCAAGUCCAGAAUCUACGCAUAUCCUCGGAGAUUGAGCAUGAGUUGAAGACGAUGGAGGAGUCGGGUUCGGGUCCGUUGAACGAAUCGGUCUUUGAUCUGCUGGUCCAGCUCUCACAGGGAGAGUCCGGAGCGUCUGCAUCGGCCAUAGCAAAGGACGCAGAUGCACUCUAUGAGCUGGUGAGGUUGCACAGUAGCAGUCCUUGGCCUCAGCACUGA